UUUAGGGUCUGGCAUCGCGUGGGUUAUUUAUAUAAAUGUUUAAUGCAUCCAAUUCUUGAGCAUGCAUGACCUGAAGAUUGAAGACCUUGUAACAGUUGUAUUCCGAGCUUUAUCACACAUCCAUCUAGAAUGCCCUUCAACAGAACCCCAUCGUCUUUGCUCGUACAGUAUUUUUUGAGAAACCAAAAACAUUAACACAUUUUUUCUCCUAAGUCUUUCACUGGGAGUAGGUAGUUUAUUUACGUUUGAUCAAAAGGGCUCAUCAGUUUUCACUGCGGGAGAUGUAUGUUAGUUAUGUGUCAUGAAUUCAAAGGAAAGAAGUAAUGGAUGUGCGAAUUAUCUUCAGCCUAAUCUCAAUUUCUAGUGUUGUUUUCUCGGCUAGAGAUAGUACCUACAAUAGCUAUGGCGCAGCGGUGGAUGUUGGCAGUAAACUAUCUAUGGUUGUAGCAAUCGAGAAGGACUUCCUUGGUGAGGACACCGAUGAGGUACUUUCAGUCAUAAAGAAGUACGCUUCAAUAAUAAACAAGGAGUACUUGCCCGUUGGCCAUUUGCGAACUCGUUAUCAAACACUAAAAGAAGCUGCUUUCACUGACGGUGUAUCAAUAGUUCUAUCAAUUGGCGCCUGUCGUGACACCUGGGAGCUGUUUGAGAAGAGACAAGAAAAUAGUGACAUCCUAUUCAUUUCAAUUACAGAGGUGGAAUGUCCUCGCUUGCCAACUGGAGAAGCGAUCACCCUCCCCCUCUCCACCGCUGGCAAAGAAUUGCCUCAACUGCUACUUGACUUGCGCAGUCUCAACGCCGUCCAGUGGAAAUCGGUCGCACUCAUCUACGAUCAAAUAUCUCUGACUGACGACGAUAUUCAGUCAGUGACAGAAGCUUUGACCAUCGAACUGCCUGGAAAAUCUUAUCCUUCAUCCGCUCUUCUUUCCAUCCACAAACUGGAGCCGGGUGACAAUGAAUGGAAGAGAAGAAAGAAUAUUCAAAGAACCCUGCGGAACCUUCCAGGAAUCGAUAAAAAUAGAAAUUUCCUGGCAAUCGUUGAACACAGUAUUAUCAGCGUAAUUCUAGAUUUGGCAAAAUCUGAGAAACUGCUGGAUCCAACCACUCAGUGGCUUUUUGUAUUGAGUGACGUUGGAGACUCGGAAAAUGUGACAGAGUUUGCCUAUCUACUCGACGAGGGACAAAAUAUUGCUUUCGUUUACAACAAUACCUCCGAGAAAUUGGCUUGUGGUGACAGCCGCAUCUCAUGCCACGUUGAAGAAAUAAUGUUGAGCAUUGGGUUAGCAUUGCAGAAGUCUGUUCUUGCUGAGCUGGAACUCUCUGAACAAGUAUCAGAAGAGGAGUGGGAUGCUAUCAAACCAUCCAAGUCAGAUCGUAGAGCAACUCUUCUCAGCUCUAUUAAGUCGAGAUUGCAGAACGAAGGCAGGUGUGACAACUGUACUGUGUGGAAGCUGGAGACGGGUGAAGUGUGGGGCCAGGAGUACUUGGAGGCGCGCGUCACCAAACUGCUCAGUGUGGGCAGCUGGACACCUCGAGGGGGACCCCUCCUCUCAGACCACCUCUUUCCACAUGUCGUUCAAGGGUUUCGCGCCAGAAAUCUGCCCAUUUCCACUUUCCAUGUGAGGUACACGGUUCAUGUUCCUACCAAUCUAACAUUGACUGGUUUCAGCAACUCCACUAAAAACAUUGGACUUCCCAUUGAGACACUUGAAGGAGAUAAAGACGAGUCUGCUCUCAACCCUGCUGUUUGGAACAAAGUUAUAAGUGCUGUUCAACAAAAAAAGAUGUUUCUUGGUGCAUGUGCAUUUACUGUUACUGAUGCCAGAAAGCUAGCAGUGAACUUCACAACUGCUAUAAGUGUGGAGCCAUAUGUUUUCUUUCUCUCUCGACCGAAGGAGUUGAGCCGAGCUCUCUUGUUCAUGUCUCCCUUCACUAUCAGUACAUGGUGCUGCAUUACGGCAGCUGUGAUCCUGAUGACGCCCGUGCUUUGUGCGAUCAGCCGAGCAAGUCCGUUCUAUCGGGUGUACGGCGCCAAUAGAGCUGGUGGCUUCCACUCUCCCAUGAAUUGCUUCUGGUAUAUCUACGGCGCUCUACUCCAACAAGGUGGAGGUGCCCUGCCGGCGGCCGAUAGCAGUCGCCUGGUGAUCGGCACGUGGUGGCUGGUGGUGCUGGUGGUGGUGACCACCUACUCGGGCACCCUGGUGGCCUUCCUCACCUUCCCCAAGAUGGACGCCCUGGUGGCCGAUGUCACCCAACUGCUCGCCAGCGGUCACCACCUCACCUGGGGAAUUCCGGCCGGGUCAACGCUACAGGCAUCACUCAAAUCGAGCGAUGAAGAUAAGUUGAAAGCGCUGUACAAGGGAGCUCGCCUGCAUCCUUCCAUAUCCAAAGAGCUGAUCGAAGACAUUCGCUCCGGACAUCACGUCUACAUACAGCGCAAAACCAGUCUGCUCUUUCUCUUACACCGGCUGUUUCUCAACACAAGCACUUGUGACUUUUCUCUCGGUAGUGAAGAGUUUAUGUAUGAGCAUCUUGCAAUGGCAAUCACGAAAGGCAGUCCUUAUCUGAAAAUAAUCAACAAACAAAUCGAUUGGAUGCACAGAGUUGGUCUGAUAGGAAAGUGGCUGAAGCAGUAUCUGCCCGAGAAAGAUCAGUGUUCUGUAUCAGUAUCAGCCUCCGAAGUCAAUAACCACAAGGUUAAUCUGGAUGAUAUGCAAGGCUCCUUCUUUGUUCUAUUUCUAGGCUUCGCUGCUUCAGUUCUUCUCAUUGGAAUCGAGUUCCUGAUAAAAAAGUACGUUAUUGCCAAAGAACGCAGAAUUAUUCAGCCGUUUGUAACUUGAUUUCUUAAAAAGCAUCAGAUUUGCAAAUUAAAUGAAGCGAAUCGAGACAUUAACAUGUAUAAUAAAGUUGGAGUUCUUCUCUUCAACUCUGCAUAAAAGUUGUGUAGUAUAUAAGAGUAUUCCUGAGAUUUAUUUUGCAGAACACUUCAAAGAUGAAAAUGUUUUUACUUUUUAAUGAAAUGAAAAAUUGGUAGGCUACCGUCAACUUUCAGUCAACUUUGAAAUUCCAGUGAUGCUUUGAACAACACAAUUGAUCGAUUUGGUUAUCGGUUAUUGGUUAUUAUUUGUUAAUUCAAAUAUAAACAUGAUUAUAAAGUAAAGAUUUACAUGUUUAUCUUAUUUAAUGUUUUUUUUUUCAAUUCGAUCCUUCCAGUACAUUUAUUACAACCGCUGGCAAUGCUCAAUAGCCUAGUCGUCUCAAUUGAACAAGCAGAGUUGCUUGCAUAAAUUCUAAUCAUUUUUCACCUCCAUUCAGCCUCUCCUUCAGCCCUGAGAGAUUGGAAGAUCUUGACAAUGUCAAUGUUUAAGUAAAUACUUAAUUGGAGCAAAUACUUAAAAUUGGAUCCAGUACACAUUUAAUUCAUUUCGACAAAAACAAUAGAAGUAUAUUACCUUAUAGAAGAAUUGGUUAUAAACUAUCACCACAGAUAUAAGCAUUGUUAAUUAUUAAAUUGGUUAAAUACAUCAAUGAAAAUCAUUAGGGUCUAUGAGUAUACCUUAUAAAAUCAUCGAUAUAUCUCUAAAAGCAAAUAUACACUAAGAAAAUCAUUCAUUCAUUGAAGAUCGUCAAUAUGCUAAAUUUAAUCAAAUGGCUAAAUGAUGUAAGCCUAAUUCAUUUGCCUUUGCUUUAACCUGUUUAUAUUAUUGUUAUAUUUAAACUAUUGGUUAACUUGGCCUGACUACCUCGAUUUUUAUCAGUACUUUUGUUCUUUGAAUUAUAUUCAGGAUAGAUUAUUUUUUUUUGUAUUUUUUAGUUCUUAUUAUUUUUUAUUGUAUUUCUUUUCUCAACUAUAAUAUAUUUUAUCUAUUGUCAUUAUUAUUUAUUAAGUUAAGUUUUGCUUGUUUUGAACUGUCCUUUAGUUCUGUUCAGUGAUGCUCCUGCAAUGCGAACGUGACCUUGUCAUCAAGGUCUUUGCAUGCAGUAUUUUAUUUCGUGCAUUAAUUAUGGUGUAUUUUUUUAAAACAGAGUAGCUGUGCUAGAUUACAUUUCAUCAUCCUAUAAUGAGAAUUAAUACAAUUAGUAUUAUCAGCAAAUUUCAUAUUUAUUCAGUUAAAAAGUUGU